GUUGACUCGCAAAUCAUAACCGGAAGUUUCAAGUUGACACGUGAUAACCACGUGCUGAUAUGUCGUCAACUUCUGAUGAUAGUGAUGACGACUACGUACCUGUUGGAGAAGGAAGCGAUGAUGACGUCGACGAAGAGUCUCCAACAGGUUUACCUUAUCAGCGCAUGCGUGGAAGAAACGGCAGGAAAACUAAGAGUGGUCGAAAUCGAGGGCGGAGGACUGAUUCAGAGGAGGAAGGUGAAGAUGAAGUAAUUGACACAGCGGGGAGUGUUUCUACGUCUGUAAGAGAAGAACAGCAUGAAGAAGAGAAGAAGAAAAAAGCUGAUGACUUAUGGUCAGCUUUCAAAAAAGAUGUCAACGUUCCAGUCAAAUCAGAUCUAAAAGUAACGUCUGUUGCCAUGGUAACAAAGACGAGACCCAAUCAGAGUCAAGGAAAACCAAACUUACAAACGAAAGAUAAAACAAGUCAAAUAUUUGGUGAUGCGUCUGCACAUUCUGUGAAACCAUCUACCAAGACAUACACCUUUGCUGGAGAAGAUAUUCAGGUGAAGGAGAAUCUUGAUGAGAAACAACCUGUUGGUCCAUCGAAGAGAGAAGGCUCAUCUCUCUCUAAUCUUGUUUGUCAGUUGGGAAAGAAACCAAAAUUAAGCACAUUACAGAAAUCGAAAAUGGAUUGGGACAGUUUCAAAACAACAGAGGGAAUAGCUGAAGACUUGCAGCAGCACAACAAGGACGGGUAUUUAGCAAAGCAAGACUUCCUUGCACGUGCUGACUGGAGACAGUUUGAACAAGAACGAGGCAUUCGUUUGAAGUCAGCGAAGAAACUCUCAUGACAUUUUCUUGCAUUUCUGCUAAUCGCUUGUUUUUCUCUAAUGUCUUUAUGUUUGCUUAGCAUGACUUGGUCUUAGUUUCUGUCAGCUUUCUUACAUAUUGUAAGGUUGGUAUCUUAGUAUUUGAUGAAUGUGUAUUGCACAU